AUGAACCUAAAAGCAGCCCCUUACUACGUUACUCUAUACGCUUCGCUGGUCCACAACGUCUACAAGACCUACACAGCCCCUAAACGAGCACUCAACUGGGCCGGCAAUUUCGACUCCAAGGGUUUCCCUAGGAUGGAGACUUCACCCAUCGAUUCUAGUCCUCCGGAACGUAUCGCCCGGAAGGUUGACUGUCAGCUUCUCAGAAGGCUUAGGCGUUAG